UGUGAAAUAUACCGCUUCGUGGAAAGUCCACAGGUUCUUGAAGGUCACGUGAUCGAGACUAUCUUCCAGCCAAUCGUCAAUCUCUGCUGGGGUAGUUGUGCAUGGAGUACAAUGUGCUUUUCUAUUAAUGCUCGACAAACUCCUCAAGGAAUGUUUGAAUGUCAGUUGAACAACUCAAGUAAGAAGUCAAAUCCACACAAAAUGGUGGSGAGAGAAGGAUGGUCUUAUUAUGAAAUGGCGAAUAUCAGCAGUGUCAGCCGAAGUUCGUAUACCUACAAACUAAAGGAGGAUUUGGGCGAUGGAUGGUAUCGCUAUGAAGACRCUGCUAUCAAGCUAUUUACAGAGAAGAAGAACUGGACCGAUGCUCGUAAACAUUGUCAGUCGUUAGGUGGUGAUCUUCUCUCCAUUACCAGCUCAGACAAAAACAACUUUGUAAAGGAGGUCUUCGUGAAGCAGCUGAACUUGACAUACCUUAGGAGUGAUGAGCCAUAUGCUCGUGUGCCAUACGAUUCCUGGAAACUAAACAAACCGGAGUCUACUGUACAGUUAAAAGGAACGUCUGGCCAUGCAGAGUACAAAUCCGCAGAUGGAGGCACUGCUUUGUAUUUUAACGGUAGACAGGGCUAUGGAAAAAUACCUGAUUUUAACAUGAAUCGAGAGAAUUUUACAAUCAUGUAUUGGUUCAAACCUUUUAAAAACGACGUCAAAGAUGGAUGGAUACAUCCUCUCAGGAUUGACAGUACAGGUCCAUUUGCACCUAUGGACUGUUUCUUCGAAGUUAACAGGACAUCACUGUUGCUUUACAUUGGAAAUGUAGAACAAGGAUAUGUAAGCUUCGAAUACGGUUCUUGGAACCACAUUGCCGUAUCCUGGAAUAAGAAUGGYGCUACAAAGGGUCAUUUUGUAAUCAAUGGUACGAAACAUGUGUCUUUGAAGGAGGCAAAUCCGGUGAUAACAGGGAGCGAGGAGCUCCGUAUGGGUACUAGAGAAGACGCAUACAUGAACAUUAAUCGAACUCUCAUUGGAUUCUUGAAGGAAAUCGUACUGAUCAAUGAGACAAUGUCUAUUCCUGAAAUUCAAACCUUUUUAUUUUGGAACGAAGAACAUGGUGCAUGGAUUGGUCUGAACGAUCAAGAAAACACCGGUCAAUUGAGUUGGUCUGACGGUACUCCUGUUGGUCAGUAYAUGCCUUUCCUAAGAGAAAUGCCCAAACCAUCAGUCUCUGGACUGAAGUGUGUUUUCAUUGGAAAGUAUGGAAAAUGGUUGGAUAAAUUGUGCAACAUGGAGUAUCCGUUUAUUUGCGAAAAGAGACUUUAAUAAUUUGAUGCUUAAUUUCGUUUARGUGGUUGAUGUGAAUAAUUGACUUAUGGUACACAAUAAACCGAUAGGACACCAUUUUU